AUGGAUCAAGUCCCGGGAACGAAAGUCCAGUCAGAUGCCUCUGCCAUUGACGUGACCUACUGCCAGCCAUGCUCCCACGAUGGGGAAACUGUCCCAGCAGAUGCCUACUGCACUGUUUGCAAGGAGUUCAUGUGCCCUGGUUGCGCUAAUUUUCACAAGAAACAAAAGAUGUUAAAGUCCCAUACACUUCUUGACAAGGGCAACAUGCCUACCACCAUGCAAUGUUUUACAACCAAACAAGAGAGCACACAGCCUUGUGCGAUCCACCCUGAAGAAUAUAUUCAAUACGUCUGUCCGACUCAUCAGACACUUAAUUGCGGACAUUGUUCAGUUAUUGAUCAUCACUCUUGUAAACAGCAGAUCAUUUCUGAAAUUGCUAAAUCCUUCAAAGAGGGUCAGGGUUAUGAAGACAUCAAACAGGUUAUUUUCAAACUACUGAAAGACAUUGAUGCCUGUGCAUCCGAGGUUAAAGAAAACUCUAAGCUCAUAGCAGACCUUGGAGAACAAGAGAUUGCUAAAAUAAGGAACUAUCGAUAUCAGAUCAACAAAUACUUUGAUGAACGUGAACAGAGACUCAUUGAAACCAUUGCUCAGAUGAAAAACAUUAAUAAAGGCAUCUCUGAGCCAAUGCAACUAAAGCAAUGUGACAAACUUAAGACCAGGGUCAGUGAUAUCAAAGCAAAACUAGAAGCUCAAGAGAACAACACUAGCCAGUUGUUUAUUGAGGCCCAUAUAUCCAAGGGCUUGCUGGAGGGACUGCAAUUAAGUCUUGCUGAGAUCAAGAAGACGAAUACGAUACACCACUAUCAGUUUAAGAAGGACACGGCGACGGAGAGGAUUCUGGGUUCCAAAACUGGCCUUGGCACUAUUAAAAAGAUAACUACUUCAAAAUGUCUCGAUCAGAGAUGUGAUCGAUCGAGUUCCAUAAGUCAAGAGAAAAGCGAGAAGAAAACUACAUCUGAUGCUGCUCCAAAUGUUCAAGCAGAUGGGGACGAGAAAAUCACUGUCUAUGAUGCUACUAUUAAUGCAAAAGCAAAAAAAUUGACCAUAGUCAAUACUGAUCUGACUAAGCUGAGGUACUACCAAGGCCCAGAUAUUUUAGUCAAGUCUCCAUCGGACGCCAAGGAAGUUCGCCUGAGCGGCAUGAUCGCCAUGCCUGAAGACAGGCUGCUUCUAGCUGACGGCAACAACGACAUAGUGAAGCUAGUAGACCUGAAGACCUACCGCGUGAGGUCCCAGGUCAGUAUGCCAGGUGCGCCAUGGGAUAUAUGUCUUCUGCCUGGGGACAGAGUGGCAGUUAGCAUUGGUUGUAUGGGUAUUCAGUUACUGGAGACACAUGGACAACUCUCAUUGGGGAAGAAAAUCAAUGUCGAUGGUGAAUGUUAUGGUGUUGGUUUCCAUAAUGAUAGUUUCAUUGUUUCAUACGACGGCGGAAAGAUUGAGAAGAUAAACAUGGAAGGAAAAGUGUUGAAAAAAGUAUCAGAUAGUUGGUUAUAUAGCAGCCCUUUCAAAAAACCAUUUUACUUGAACGUAGUCGGUGAAGGCCUUACAGCAGCCAUUUAUGUGUCAGACUUUGUCAAGAACACAAUCACCAAGCUGGACAUGGACCUGAAAAUUAUCCAAACAUUCCAGGACCCUGCGCUAAUAGAACCGAGAGGCUUAUGUUCAGUGGGAAACCAGCUGCUUAUAAGUGGUUGGGGUAGUCACAACAUAAUGUGCUUGGAUCUGCCAAGUGGCAAGAUGACCCAGGUACUUGGGAGGAGAGAAGGGACGGUGUGGCCACGCAGUUUCUCCUACAGUCAGCAGCAGAAAAAAAUGUACAUUACCCUCACCGACAAUGUAGUGUAUGCCAACAAUUAUAUAAGGGUGUAUGGUACAAUAUGA